AUGGCCCCAAGAACUUUUCGGUGGUCAAAACGAGAUUGUUUAUCACCUGAUACCGAGACAAUUAAUUUGGUCGCUCUUGUAUUUGAAGAUUCUGAAUUGUUUGAGGCGGAAGCAGCUGAAUUAAAUGUUGACGAGUCAGAUGACUCUUUUUCUCUACUUAUUCGUAAUGAUAGUUUAUUCGGUGAAAUCAAUCCAGAAGAAUACAGUACAUUACCUAGAAGCCAUCAUUCAAAUUUAUCUGCGCAUAGUUUGGCGACAACUUCAAUUGUAACGCCAACUCAUCAUGCACAAACAAUAGAAUUUAAUUUGAUUUCUACCUCACAAUUUGAAUCAUCUGAACCAAAUUCUAAUGGUCAUAAAUCACAUUCCCCUUCAAGUUUCAUUGAUAUUGGUCGAAUUCAUGAUUUUCUUUCUACAUUGCCUGUUCAUGUUUUGAGUAUCAGUAACAGUUUCCCUUGUUCACCUUCUUCAUGGCCAUGGCAUUUACUUGCUUACACUGAUUUUCCAGCUUUUGUGCAUGCUAUUACUUCUGAUUUAAACGGUUUCCGGAAUUUAUGCGAUGGAAAUACGAGUAAACAUUCAAAUUUUGUUGAUGUUAUCCCAUGUGAUUCAGCGUUUGACGUGACAACUUGUAAUUUAACAUGUCAAGCUGAAGUUGAACUAGUUCAAUGUGAUGAUACAUUCGUCCAAACUAAUUAUCAAAUGAAGUGUAUAAAUCCAUCAACCUCAACACCGACAAAUGAAAAAGACAGUGCAAUAAUUACUCAUAAAUGUAUUCGAACUAGUCAAAAGUUAGUCCCAUUUUUCUGUGCUGGAGACCAACUUAAAAUCGGUGAUGAAAUGAAUAUUGUCUUAUUUCCUUUAUCCGGUCUUCAUCCAAAUCUGUUAAAUGAUAGUCAGUUAUGCCGUUCCACCUUUACAGCCGUCUACCUACUCCUCAUUAAUGAUGAUUCUGAACCCGAAAUUAAUACCAGUGGCGAUAUAUCAGUAUCUAAUCCAAGUACCAAUCACGUACAGAACACUAAAGUGUCCUGUGAUUAUGGCCUUAUAGACGAUACUUUUUCUGAUAAAAAUGAUAAGCUACACAAUACACCUAUCGUUCUUGCACUUUUAGUUCAAAUUUUACCAUCAAAACAACUUACUUGUCCGAUUACAGUUAACCAUAAGUUAUGUCCAUUUCCUAUGGUGUCUGAUUUAAAGUUAUUUAAUGGCCAAAAGUUUACUGUUCUUUUGGCUGUAGUUGAUUUGUUAGUUAGUAAGAAUGACAAUGAUGAAUUUCAGCUACACGGUGUCUUGCAUCAACGUUUAAAUUAUUUGUCCGACUUCAAAUUUGAACUUUUUCUUCACAACCAAGCGUAG